GUAUUGCCGGUUCUUGCCGAUUUUUACGUCUGACCAUGUCGAUUAAACUUUCAUUGGAGCGUAUUCGGCUCCUUGCACCACAUCUUCCUCCGUAUUCACGGCCUACUGUUCAUGUCGCUGGCACAAAUGGCAAAGGAAGUGUCACCUGCAUGCUAUCAUCCAUCUUCCUUGCGUCGGGUCUUACUGUUGGUCGAUUCAACAGCCCUCAUCUAGUGUCCGUCCAAGACUCCAUUUUGAUCAAUGAACAGAGCAUAUCACUAGAACAAUACAAUCUUUCACGUGCAGCUGUCGAGAGCGCGGACCAAGCCCAUGGCACAGAAGUUACCAGUUUUGAAAAGCUGACACUUGUUGCACUGCAUGUCUUCGAGAAACAUAGGGUGGAUGUUGUGGUCAUUGAGGUGGGCAUGGGUGGUCGUCUGGACGCGACCAAUUAUAUACCAGACGAGUGCAUACUCCUCUCUGCUCUCACGACAGUUGAUCUCGAUCAUCAAUUAUUCCUUGGAAAUACCGUCGAACUCAUUGCCAAGGAGAAGGCCAGCAUUGCGAGGAAGAACAAGCCUUUUGUCUUAGGCAUUCAGAAAUACGCUGCUGUCGAGAAUGUUGUGCGGUCUGUCGUUGAACAGACCGGCGCUCACUUCAUAGCAACUCACCCUGCGCAGCGACGAGCGUGGGAUGAAACCAUAGAUGGUCCAUUGCCACCUGCAUUCUCGCUGGAUGCAGAAUCAUUCAGGCCUCCCCCUCCUCAGCCUAUUACAUUCACCAGUCCGGCUUUCCCAAAUAGCUUAUCCGCGCUUUUAGAUUUGAACGGAAGCCAUCAAGUGGAGAACUUGAGUCUCGUAUUGACCGUCAUAUCCACUCUAAUGACUCACCCAUCGUGUGCAUCGAGGAUGCCAAGCGGUUUUAGCGAGCGUGUCUUGGAAAACAUAACUACAGGCAUUAGAAAUGCCACUUGGCGAGGUCGCCUAUCAUUCCAUAGUCUCAGGGUGUCCUCACCUUAUCCACGGGCGAUCACUGUCCUUGUCGAUGGUGCACACAAUCGUGCAUCAUCAGAAACCCUCGCUUCAUAUGUUUCCAACCUCGUUACGAUGUUGGACGGAAAUCCAAAAGUGCGGACAUUACGAUUAACUUAUAUCCUCGCCCUAUCGCGUUCUCCGCCUAAAACGCCGAAGGAUACCUUAUCCCCGCUCUUCGACUCUCGAAGUAGCACACGGCUUUCGAUACAGACGAAAGUUGCCGCGGUACGAUUCACCUCGCCGGAAGGCAUGCCUUGGGUAAACUCUGUGCCACCAUCUGUGAUCGCCGCUACCGUGCGUGAGUCUGUAUCAGGUGUAGGGUUGUGGGUUGCGUCCGACGAAGGUGAUAUUCAGGGGCAACUUGAGAGUGCAUUGGAAUGGAUGACCACGGAGGGAACGGAGGAAGAAGAUGGGGUACAGGAGCUGGUGAUUGUCGCGGGGAGUCUAUACCUCGUGGCGGAUUUCUAUCGUCUUCUUGCGAAGCAAGAAGCGACCCCCAGUUGACAAGGGGGAACUAUUCGGACCGAAAUCAGUACAGUUGUUUCGAAUAUCAUUGUUUUUCUGGUUUAAUGAUUGGAGGCGUCCACAGAAAUCUCGUCAUAAAUGGGGUUGUGGCACCACGUGGGGUCUUCUGUUGUGAGGG